AGUUGUUGGAUAUUAAGUAACAGAUCGUAAGAUCGGGUGAUUAUUAUUGAUGCUUUUCUUUUGUUGAUUGCUAGUAGAGGGAGACAAAGGCGUGCAAAAAACUUCAUUGUUGUAGCGUGAACGUGGUUCAGUAUUAAAAUGGAAGCGUCGAUUAUUGCUACUACUAAUGUGACGAAUAUUGCAGAUUGUGUGUUAGAAUUGGUGUCAAAUUCUUUAUCUGCCAACGCUACAGCAAUUGCAAUACGAUUUCACAUUGAACAACGUAAAAUUCAAGUAAUAGACAAUGGUAUAGGAAUACCGAAAAUACGAUUAAAUGCGAUGGCAGAAUACAAUAAUGAAAAUUCUUUGAAUUAUUCAAAUAUAUACGAUUUAUGCAGCUGGAGAAAGCAUACGAUUAUUAACAUUCGUAGAUUGUCUAAUGCUAUGAUAAUAACAUCUAGAUAUUAUUUGUCACGUAAAACAUAUAUGAAGAUUUUCAAAGUAAACUGUGAACCAAGAAUUAUUAAAAUUGAAAGAAGGCCUUCUCAAGGUACUACAGUAAGCAUUCAUGGAUUCCAUGAGUUAUCUUUAAAUAAGUGGAAUAUAACUUUCAUGUAUCAUUUGAUUGGAAACAUUGCCAUAGCCAAUCCUCAGACUUCAUUCACCAUAAGAGAUGAUCAUCAAAAGAAAAUUAACAUGAUAAUCACUAAGCCACACAAUCCAAUAUAUAUUUUUAAGUCAUUAUAUAGUCUAGAAGUGUUACUUCAUAAAAUAUGGUAUAUAAGAUGUAUGAAGAAGCCUAAUAUCAAAUACUGUGCAUACAUUGGAUUAGCUGAUUCUAAAGAUACAGCUUCUCAAUAUAUUUUUUUAAAUAAUAAACUUGUUCAUUGUCCCUUAAUCUUAAAAAUAAUUUCAACUACUUUCAUUAAUACAUUAAAAUUCUUCGAAAGGCAACAUUAUGAACAUAUACCAAAGAAUGAGGCAGUUUUCAUUUUAUUAUUUCUUGUGUGUAAUAAUUAUACUUUUACUAUUGAGAAUAAGAAGCGAACUUUGAUAUUUUCUAAUAUACAAGAUUUAAUGGAAUGUAUUAGAAGUAAAAUAUUACAUAUUUUUACAAAAGGUAUUAAACCUUUAUGUGAAGAAGAAUUUAGGAAAGGUAAUGAAACACGGUUGACUGCAGAAGAUUUAGUUACACCUGUUUCACAAACUGAUAAUCUUAACAAAAACAGUAUACAGUUAACUCUUUCUGAAUGGUCUAAUUGGUCUUAUUCUAAGGAUUGGAAACAACUAGAAAAUGAUUCACUAAAAUUCUAUAAGCAUUUUGAUUUCCUGCCAGAAAAAUUGCAUAAAUUACUACGUGGAAACACAAAAUUGAUAAAAACAGACAUUUUAAAUGAAUAUAACGGAAGUGUAUAUUCAAUCAAAUUGAAAUCUGGAUUGCAGAGUAAACAUCUUUAAUCUAAUCAGAAAAUUAUAGUAUAAAAUUAUUUAUGAUACAUUUCCCUAUAAGUUCCAGAUAUAUUGCCUCACCAAGAACUUGACAUACGUCCAUGUAAAACUGUCCAGCGAUUCCGUGAA